AUGUGGUUUUGGAGAUAUGCAAUUCCUCAACGUUUGAAGACAAGACGCGCAUUAGAAUCGACGUUCUUCGCAUCUACGUUUGUCGCGGCGCUCGUGACAGUCUCGCUCUCAGCAUCGACGAUCCUGCCAUGCCCUGCCAAUGGACAUGGCGCAUUGGUAAACCGAUUUCAUCCAUCGUCGCGUGGCGCUUUGUCUGAGGAAGAUGAAGCAUCAGGCAAGCACUCACAGAGUGGCUAUCAUCCCGAAUCACUGCCUGUUGGUGGUUUGGGCCAGCGCGCAUACCUCACUCGAAGUGGUGGAUGGAUUGAAAUUGAUGAACGCCCGUCUUUUUUCUCUUGGCGCAGGUGGACUUCUGCAUCUGCUUAA